AUGGCGUGGGCUACGUUGAUGAAGCUGCGCGAGGCUCUGGUGGAGCGAGCUGAUGAGAUCUACGCUCGGCGCAACCCGCCUGCACCUGGCGAGAGCCCCAUCAAAGGAGAGGACCUGACUUCCGAGCAGCUGGAGUCAGUGACGGCAGAAGUGUUCGUGGAACUCGGCAACAUGGACCAGACGCCAGUCCAGCACGAGAUGCCGGUGGAGACAUCCCUGGAGAAGACUGGCGCGAAGGAUGCCCGCAUCGCCACAGGAGGGAAAGAGAAGGAACGUUUCACGCUCUGUCUUGCUGUCACGGGGGACUGCAAGAAGGUCCCGCUGCGCACCAUCUUCAAGGGGACGCCGCUCAUCCCGCCGGACAGGCCCGGAAAGGGCAAGGCGACUCAACCGCGGAAGAACUCUAUCGCGUGGGAGAUGCUUCCCGAGAACCGCUCCAAGAACGGCUACCCCGUGGGAGGCAUGUCCUUCGGCGUCCAGGAGAAGAGCUGGUGUGACCUGCGGGAGUGCAAGCUGUGGAUCAAGCACAGCUGGACUCUCCGUCCCAACAACGGAAGCCUCGUCAAGCAGCGCCCGUGCAUCUUGGUACUGGACGACUUCAAGUGCCACAAGGACGACACCUUCAUCGCCGAACUCAAGAGGCAGGCAAACACCAUCGUCAUCUUCAUCCCCGGCGGGUUGACUCCUCUCCUCCAGCCGCUUGAUCGCAUGCUCAACAAGCGGAUGAAGCGGCUGCUGCGGGGCAUGUACACCAACUACCAAAGCGUCGGUCCAAGCUGA